UAUAAUAAUAUGGAAUCAGAAUUUGUCUAUCUGACCUUUGACGAAACAUGUAUAAAUACUGAUAUUAUGGAGUUGGAUUAUGUUUUUGAAACCUUUAAUGAUUAUAUAUAUAAUAGUACUACAGAUAUUAUAGAUCAUAUACAUAAUAGAACUAUAGAUGUUAUAGAGUUAGAAUAUACUUUUGAAACUUUGAUGAAGAUUUUUGCAUAUUCUAAUUCUUAUAUUUCUCAAAAUAUGAUAUUACAAGUAUAUAAUCUGAUUUCAGAUAGACAUUGUGGAUUUGGAUUAUUAGCUAUAGCCUUAUUUAAAAAUGAGAAAAGAUGA